UAUAUGCCUAUUGAAUUCGGAUCAUCUUAGGCGGGAGGAUUCAUGAUGGCUUCCAAGUCAGACAACGGAAUCGUACUAAGUGGAUUUCAGAAGAAAUUGAAAACGAUGAAAAAGAAAUUCUUUGUGCUCUAUAAGGAAACGAACAAUGGCGCUGCCCGUUUGGAAUAUUAUGAUACGGAAAAGAAAUUUCUGCAGAAAACUGCGCCAAAACGCGUCAUAGAUCUGAAGAGCUGCUUCAACAUCAAUCGUCGUUUCGAUACGAAACAUAAAUUUGUAUUGGCUCUCGCAUCGAGAGAUGGCGGUUUUGGCAUCGUUUUGAACUCAGAGAAUGAUUUACGCAAAUGGUUAGAUAAUCUGUUAAUCCUACAACGAGAUAAUACACCCUACGAAUAUGUUUGGCAAGUUGUUGUCCAAAAGAAGGGAAUGUCGGAGACUGUCGGAAUUACGGGCGGUUACCACUGCUGCCUGACCUCAAAAUCGCUUACAUUCAUCUGUAUAGGACCGGAAAAACAACCAAAUGGCGAUGGUCGCCUCUUGAAAGUUGAGAUAAAUUUACCAACAAUAAGACGAUGUGGACACGCGGCGCCACAAAGCAUUUUUUAUAUGGAACUGGGCCGCCAGAGUGUUCUGGGUGCCGGUGAACUGUGGAUGGAAACGGAAGAUUCAGCUGCCAAACAUAUGCACGAUAUGAUAUUAAGCGCAAUGUCCGUCAAAUCCGAGUCGAAUAUGAACUUGUUGAAUGUGUACAAAGGAAAACCUGAUUUAGGAAGUGAACCGAUGAGGAAACGUUCGUCAUCAGCAACGGAGGCUUCCAAGCCAAUUAACGUUCUACAAAAACGACAAAAUCCUAUUGAAAUACGAAAUAGUUUUUCGCCGCAGUACAACAGUUACGGACGAGAGCGAUGCGACAGUUUACCAAGCAGGAAUCGGACACUGAGCGAGUGCAGCAAUCAAACAUACAUUGCAUAUAAGCAUGGGCAUCGAUGUAACACGAUAUCGGGAACACGCCCAUACUCGAGUCAGAGACACAGUGAUAGCCCACCAAUUAAUUCAGCAAUGAAAUGCUCGGAGAGCGAAGAGUCAUCAAUUAGUAUUGAUGAGGCGAAUGAUAAAAGCAUCUAUGACGCUUAUCGAAUAAACUCAAGGACCUCGAAAUGCAUGAUACCCGAAGAGAAUGUUGAUGAUUUAAAUGUGUCCGAUAGCAACAAAUUGUCUGGAAUAAAUGGUACUAUCCCCAUUCGAGAAAACUUUGCACACUAUAUUUCUAUGACCCCAAACAAAUCAAUGUGCGAAAAUCUGAAUGUGAAUGCAAAUCAUCAAUUGAAUCAAUGCACAGAAUUAAACACAUUUUGUAAUGUUGUCGAGGAAGACUUUAUCGAUUUUCCCGAGCACUCAUCCGAGAAACUCGCUAAAGAUGCCGAAAUCGAUAACCAGUAUGAACGUCCAAGUCGUGCAUAUUCAAUUGGCAGUAAAGUCGAGCACAUUAAAAUGAGCAAACCGCUAGGAAACUUGAAUGAAGUGGAUAAUUCAUCGCCACGAGUGCGCGCCUAUUCCGUGGGAUCGAAGUCAAAGAUACCUCGGUGCGAUAUUCAGCGUUGCGUGCUCUUCUCCAACAAGGGAAAGAAUUGGGGACACACGCAUAAGGGUAGCGUUUGCAAUGUCGAUGUUCAGGCAUGCAGUGAACAUAUCGGUUAUAAUACGUCCAGGGAAAUGAAGUCGACAAGUGCUCCACUCUUGAAUCUACGCAGCUAUGUGAAUCCACUCCGUAUGAGUGAUUUAAUGGAAAUCGAUUUCUCCAAUGUGACGACAGCAUCUUCCACAACGCAACAACCACGUGCCGUGUUACGAAAUUAUCAUCAACAGCAGCCUAGUGCAAUUCAAACGAAAAAGAAUCCCGUUGCUAUAUUGCCCAACUCGAGUUCAAAUGGUAAUAUUCGGCAAAUUACGGAAAUGCUCAAACCGGAGACAAUACCAAAAUCUGUAGACAGCUCGGAUGUCGGUUAUUUGGAAAUGAAACCCGUUGGCGUUGGCAUCGUGCAUAUGAGUCACAGACCGCCCAUAUGCAUUGAGGAUCAGUUGGAAAAGUUAAAGCUGCUGAAUAGCACACAGCAGCAACAGCUGGUGUCCCCGCCGCUGCAGCAUACACGAAUGCUGCAGCCGGAUAAAUUACAAAUGAAUAAUGAUAAUAGCAAUUGCUAUGCCGUGAGCGAAACUAAUGCCGAUUUGUCCGACACCAAUACUAUAUUAACAAAUAAUUUAAAUCAAAAUAAUGCUGAUAAGAAUUAUCAUCUUAUCAAAAGUCACAUGAACAGAAGGGGUAUGCACACCAAAUUGGAGAACAAUCAAUUGGAGAAAACAUUAUUCAACUUUGCCUUAGAUAUAAGCAACAGCACGCCGACAGCGGGCCGAAAGUUAAUACAUUCGAUAAGUAAUGAAGACUAUACGAAGCAUAUAAAUAAAUCGAAUGCCGGGCCGGACACUAAAGGAAUUGGCUACCAAAUUCUUCAAAUUAAAAGUGAUAGUUCCCUAAUUUCAAAAAAGAAAAAUCAACGGCCAAUCCAUAAGCCACAAUACGGGCGACAAUUUUCGAUCGAUGGUGCCCAUAAAAUGGAGAAAAAACUGUUAAUAACAAACACGACACCAACAGCAACCACAACAACAACGAACACAGCAUGCAACAACUUGUCGUCGCCGUCGUCGUCGUUGUUGUUAAAUAAACCGGAAUCAAAACUAUUGAAUGAGGAUUCAGUGUCGAACAAGGAUGCCUCAUCAACAAAUAAGGAUGACAAUGCAUCGUCAUCGUCGGGCUCGGGCGAUCAUGCACUCUAUUAUGCCAGUCUAGACCUUCCACAGAGCAGCGGACAGACGACAACAAAGUGUCUGAAGAAAGUCGCAUGUGAAUCUCCGCCAGCGAAUGUUGUUUGCUUUGAAAACACCACCAGUUCAUAUGCAAAAAUAGAUUUUGAUCAAUCGGACUCCUCGUCUGCUUCAUCAAAAAUUUGUAAUAUCUAAUAUGUAAUUUAAGUAU